AUGCCUGUUCCUUUCGAAGGGUUGUUGCCCUAUGCGAUCAUGACCGCGUUUUACGGUCUCGCCGGCCAUGGUGUUGGUGCUAUCAGAUACUGGGACAACGGUUACAAGAACGACCGUUGGGACUUGGACGAAUGGGACGAGCUGAUGAUGGCUCGUGAUUUCCGUCUCACCGGUGUCCGCCGAGGCCAGUCCCAGGAAGCGGUGGCCCCCGACUCGUUCAAGACGUCGCAAAUCACCGAACAAGAGUACUACACUCCCUACAGAGACCAAUUCUUCUGUUUCAGAGAACGUCUCUACCGCGGGUACACUACGGGGAACUGGGAUUUCUCGUGA